AUGGUGAUAACAAUGGGAAAAGUUGUAUUGGUUAUUCUUAUAGGUGUGAUAGUAAGAUGGGGGUGGCAAUUAUUAUUUUGGGCAUGGUUAAAGCCAAGGAAACUAGAGAAAUGGUUGAGAAAUGAAGGGUUUAAAGGUAAUCCUUACAAGUUGGUUAUGGGUGACUUGAAAGAGUUUGCAACAAUGAUGAAGGAAGCUAAAUCAAAGGCCAUGCCAAUUACCCAUGAUAUUGCUCCAUAUGCCCUUCCCUUUGAUUAUCAUAUCAUCAACAAAUAUGGAAAAAGGUCAUAUAUGUGGUUUGGGCCGACCCCAAGGGUUUACAUCAUGGAGCCCGAACUGAUAAAAGAAAUUUUAUCAAGGCACAAUGAAUUCCAAAAGCCACACCCUGACCCAUUACGAGAUAGCAUCAUCGGUGGACUUUUUGAAUCCGAGGGUCAAAAAUGGGUCAAACAUCGUCACAUUAUCAAGCCUGCUUUCUAUGUCGAAAACAUUAAGAGUAUGUUCAUGACAAUGAGUUUGAGUUGUAACGAAUUGAUCAAACAAUGGGAAACGAUCACAAGCGGAAAUGGACCCGUGGAAUUUGAUGUUUGGCCUUCUAUCGAUAACAUGGGUAGCGAUGUCAUUUCACGAACAUCAUUUGGUAGUUGUUAUGAGGAAGGGCAAAAAAUAUUCCGAAUUCAGAAGGAACAAAUCGAUCUAGCAUUUCAACAAAUGUCAAUGUUUUUUCUUCCCGGGGGAAGGUUUAUACCUACAAAAGCGAGCAAGAAGUUUAAAGAAAAUGACAAGGAGCUCCGAGCUAUGCUGCAUCUUAUAAUUAAUAAGAGAAAGAAAUCAAUUGAGAUGGGAGAAGAGAUCAAUGAUGACUUACUUGGGGUUUUGCUUAAAUCAAAUCUAAAACAAAUUGAAGAAGAUGGAGAUGGGAUGAGUAUGGAUGAUGUGGUUGAAGAAUGCAAGUUAUUUUAUGUGGCUGGAUCCGAAACAACAUCAAAUUUGAUUGUAUGGACUAUUAUUUGUUUAAGUACGCAUCAAGAAUGGCAAACCAAAGCGCGAGAAGAGGUUAUACAAGUUUUUGGUACCGGAGAGUUGCAUUUUGACGGUCUAAAGAACCUCAAGAUAGUGACAAUGAUACUAAAUGAGGUUCUUAGGUUAUAUCCACCCGGAGUCAUGGUUAUCCGAGGUACCACCAAGGAGACAAAGCUAGGAAACAUGAUGAUACCAUCCGGUGUGGAAAUAAUCAUACCUAUAUUGAAUAUCCAUCAUGAUCAUGAAACAUGGGGUGAAGAUGCAACCAUGUUUAGGCCGGAAAGGUUCUCAGGAGGGGUAGUGAACGCGACAAAGGAAGGUGGAUUGGGCUCUUUUUUGCCAUUUUCUGGUGGUCCACGGAUUUGCAUCGGGCAAAACUUUGCAAUGGUAGAAGCAAAAUUAGCAAUAGCAAAGAUCCUUCAACGAUUUUCGUUUGAGCUUUCUCCAUCUUACACACAUGCUCCUUUCCCUGUGUUCUCUCUACCACCCCAAUUUGGUGCUCACUUGACUUUACGUAAAAUAUAG